GGAUAGCUUACGAAUAUUUUGAUUUGUUGUAUAGUUAAAAAAAAAAUUUUAUUUGUGUUCACGUCACAACUAUUUCUUCGUCUCCCUUAUGUAAUGGAGGCAUUUCAGAAAUUGCAUUAGGCAUGUUUAGGCCAGUGCUAGCACGCGAAGGAGUACAUGUGUGGCAUGAAAUCAGUCCUGAUAUGAAACUUGAUUCCGUGCCACCUCGGAAACCGGAACCCGAGGAAUGCUGUGGGCAGGGUUGCAAAAGUUGCGUGUUUGAUGUUUACGAGAACGAGCUGCGAAUUUGGGAACAAGGUGGCGAAGUCUCAUCAUGUGACGAAGUUUCGCAAGAUGUUUACUCUGAAUUCGUCCUCACCGCAGUUUCUGAAGAUACGAGUGAUACGAAGAUCUUCUCUUUUUCUGGGAACGUCGCUCUCAGCAAUGUGUGUCUUGGAGAUCAUCUUAUUUGUCGAGAAAGUGAACAAGCAGAUUCUCCAUUUCUUCCUUACCUGUUUCUGAGGAACGGAAGAAUGAAUGAAGAGUUCGUUCGAGAGCAGUUGCUGGAGCUCGAUCGUGAUUCCACAAGCGUUCUUGUGUGCGGUUCCAGAGAUUUUCAGCGCUGUGUGACGUGUUUGUCGAAGGACCUCGGGUUUUCAAAUGUGAUGGAGUUUUAA